AUGUCGGCCCCGCUGGUGAAAGUCUUGCACCGCCUGCAAGAGCUCUUCCAGAACGUAUUCGCCGCCCUCGAGACCAUGAUCCUCUUCCCUUCGCUCUUCCGAGGCUUCGGCCACAAACGCCGCAAGCCAUUCCUAGGCGCCCACUGGCGUCGUCGCUCCCUCGAUGACUUCGCUGGCGAGGUCGAGACCCUCUUUACUACGCCCUUGUCUACUGCGAAGAUGCUCGAUAUGUCGGAGAAGAUCCGUGCGCAGUUCCGCCAUUGUCUACAAGAAAGCCCUUGCAAUAUGCUACCAUCGUAUACCCACGCCCUCCCGAGUGGCGCUGAGAAAGGCACAUAUCUAGCACUUGAUGUGGGAGGUUCGACGUUCCGGGUUGCGUUGAUUGAGUUGUAUGGGCGGGAGGAGGAGAUGCGCAUCGUGCGGGUGGCGUCUUCGUACAUUGAUAACAGCGUGAAGUUGUUGGAGGGGAUACUGUUCUUUGACUGGAUGGCUAGCAAGAUUGAUAGUAUGCUGAAGGAUGUGGGUACAGAUUACGGCCGCGGCGAGAUCGCUCUACCAAUCGGUCUCUCUUGGUCUUUCCCGAUCGAUCAGACCUCGACUAGCAGCGGCUUGGUGAUCCACAUGGGCAAGGGGUUCCACUGCUCUAACGGGACGGUUGGACAAGAAUUGGGCCAGCUGUUGAUUGAUUCGUGUCGGAAGCGGAGCCUGAACGUGGAAAUGGCCGCCAUUGUUAAUGAUAGCUCCGCUGCUUUGCUGUCGCGUGCAUAUGUCGACCCAAAGACGCGCAUGUCUUUGAUCCUGGGCACCGGCACGAACAUGGCUAUUCAUUUCCCUGUACACGAGAUCGGACGCAGCAAGUUUGGAGUUCGCCCCGAUGGAUGGUUUGAGUACGCCAAGCAUGUCAUUGUCAACACAGAGCUGAGCAUGUUUGGUGGCGGUGUUUUGCCCAUGACUCGCUGGGAUGACUUCCUUAACCGUACCCACUUACGUCCUGAUUAUCAGCCGUUGGAAUACAUGAUUACCGGUCGUUAUCUAGGUGAGGUUGUUCGGCUCAUCAUUGUGGAGGCAGUAGAGACUGCAGCUCUGUUUAAAGGCGAGCUGCCACACUCGAUGCGCGAGCCCUAUUCUUUCGACACCAGCAUCGUCGCAUUCUUGGAGGAAGAUUCAUCCAUUUCCCUGGCUCCAUCCGCCGCUCUCCUGCAAAAAGAACACACUUUCCCGAGCUAUCCCUCCGUCGAAGAUCUGCGCUUCCUCCGCCGUGUCUGCCAGGUUGUCUCUCGCCGUGCCGCUGGAUACCUUGCUACCGGUAUCCAUAGCAUGUGGUGCCUAGGCAAUGAGGUAGAAUCCCCUGCCACUUCAUCCGCAACCGACUCUCUCAAACAAGCGCCUGAAAUCACCGUCGUCGAGAGUGAUUCUGCACAGAAGAUCUCCAUCGCAUGCGACGGUACCGUCAUCAACAAAUAUCCAGGCUUCCGGGACACAUGCCAAGGUUAUCUUGAUGCUUUAUCCGAGCAAUCCCACCCUGGUUCUCAGUCUCCUAUUAGUCUGGAUCCUGCCCCUGAGAGUGCCAUCUUAGGUGCAGCAGUAGCUGUGGCCGUGGCCGUGGCUGAAAAAACCGAGCAACGGUAA